CUCAUCGUUAUACUUGAAACACACCAUCACCUUUCUCUUGAUCUCUCCUUCGUUACUAUUACAACCUCUUCCUCUUUUAUUAGAUCGCAAUACUUCACUACAGCCUAAACAUGGCACAGAGUAGUCCAACCACCUCUCGCCACGUGGCGGUAAUUGGAGCUGGAGCCGCCGGGCUCGUGGCUGCUCGUGAGCUACGUCGUGAAGGCCACUCAGUGGUCGUGUUAGAGCGAGGGAGCAAGAUCGGAGGCGUUUGGGCUUACACAUCUCAAGUGGAGCCUGACCCGCUAAGCCUCGACCCAACCCGACCGGUAGUCCACUCGAGCCUCUACAAAUCCCUACGCACCAACAUCCCCCGAGAGUGCAUGGGUUUCACCGACUUCCCUUUUGCGACCCGACCACACGACGGGUCAAGGGACCCGAGAAGACAUCCGAGUCACAGUGAGGUUCUUGCUUACCUGCGAGACUUUGCUAAGGAAUUUGAUAUAGAGGAGAUGAUAAGGUUCGAGACGGAGGUUGUUAGGGCGGAACAGGCGGCGGACGAGGAGAAUAGCGGGAAGUGGAGGGUUAAGUCUAGAAGCUCCGAUGGUGUUGCCGAAGAGAUAUACGACGCCGUCGUGGUUUGUAACGGACACUAUACAGAGCCACGUCAUGCACAUAUCGCUGGUAAAAAAACAAACAACUCGUGUCCUGAUAGGUUAUUAUUACAUCGUCCCUUUUAAUAGUAAACUAGAUUC